AUGAGCGGGUUCCCCGCGGCGGCGCAGCCGGACAUGAUUCGCGCCGUCCAAAAGGAUGAGGUCUACGUUCGGAUGCUGCGCGACGCGAUGCUGGACACCGCUCGGCGCUGUUUCAACGCCCGGACGGUGGUCAGGCACCAGCAGCACGUCGGCGUGCUCGCCACGCUCUGGUACCACGGCCUCACCACCGGUUGCGGAUGGCAGACGCUCGGCGAGGAAUACACGGACCUGUUUCAGUGCACAUCCGACGGAGCGUUCCCGGGCGCCGCGCGCCGGUGGCUCCUCGUGCUCCUUGAGGCGCUCACCCCGCCGCUCAUGGAGCGCGCGAGGGUGCACGCGAGGCGGAUAUCGACUCGACGCGAACGCGAAAGGGACGAAGCGUACGAGCGAAGAAGGCGAGAAAACGGUGACGCCCGUUCGGGAGGGAGGAACGCGUCGAGCGACGGAGGAGAAGACGACGCACCUUCAACAAUGUUCAACACGGUUCAAAACGCGUUCAACACAGACGCCCUGUGGGAUGCGCACAGGCUCCGCGCGGUCCUGGGCAAGGCGGCGGCGAAACUCGCGAGAGCCGCGGACGACGCCGCGCUGGCGCUGUUCCAUCCGCCGCCAGCUGUGGGGUCGACCGACACAGCUGGCACAGCUGGCGGCGCCGAGCUCACCGACCCAACGCGGGGUUUCCUCACCAGGCUGCACCUCGCGGCGUUCUACGCCCGGGGGCACCACUACCAGGUCACGAAACGCGUCGCGGGGGUGCGGUACGUGUUCGCCGGUCACGUCGGGCCCGAGGGCAGACCGGCGUACGGCUUGUUGGGCGCUUUUCUCGCCGCGAGGUUAGCGGCGACGGCGAUUGGCGCGGCGGCGUCGGCGAUGGCCAAAAAGGACGCGGGCGGCGCGCGGGGGGAUGGCGCGGGGGUGGCGUCGGGCGGGGGGUUCGUGGUGCGCGGCCCCGACGGCGAUGAGAUUGGCGGAGGUGGAGACGCAGCGGCGGUGGUGGGCGGCGGCGGCGAGGGCAAAAAGUGCGCGCUGUGUCUGUCGCCGCACGAAGCAGCCACCGCCACGCCGUGCGGGCACGUGUUCUGCUGGGACUGCGUGGCGAGCUGGUGCGCGCAGAAGCCGGAGUGCCCGCUGUGCAGGGCGCCGUCGAGGCCGCAGCAGCUGGUGAGGUUGGGGAACAUGGCGCUUUGA